CACCAGCACCGUCACGGUGGUCACCGCCAUUCGCAUGGCGGCCACGGACAUGGCCAUCACAGGCAUGGGCACGGCCACCACGGUCAUGCCCAUGGCGGCCACGGAGCGCAUGGCCACAACCACGGUCACCAUGGUCACUCGCACGGUCAUGGCCACAGCCAUGGUCACCACCACGCGCACGACCACAACAUCAACCUGCGCUCGGCGCUGCUGCACGUGCUGGGCGACCUGCUGCAGAGCAUCGGGGUGGCGGCGGCGGGGGCGCUCAUCUGGUGGAAGCAGGACGACACGCGCUGGCAGCUGGCGGACCCCAUCUGCACCUUCCUGUUCGCGGUGCUGGUGCUGCUGACCACGCGCACUAUCAUCAUCGACAUCAUGCACACCCUCAUGGAGCGCACCCCGCUGCACGUCAACAUGGCGGCGGUCACGGAGGCCAUGUCGCUGAUGGACGGCAUCCUCGACGUGCACGACCUGCACGUGUGGAACCUCUCUAUGGGCCUGCCCAUCCUGACCGCACACAUGCACAUCGCCCGCACUGCGGAUGCAGAGGUGGUGCUGCGCGCACUGGAGGCCUAUGUGCGCGGCACGCUGGGCAUCCAGCACUCCACCAUUCAGAUCUGCAACUACCAGG